CUCCCUCGCGCAAUUCGAUCUGUGUAGGUGCAAUUCCGGUUGCCGUUCAUAGCCCCGGUGACCCCAAUUCUGCACCAGAAGCAUAGAUAUGGUUGUCCUCUUCAAUCUCAAUUACCUUUCUCUCCCAUCCAAUCACCACCACCACUCCACUAUCAAAUUGAAAGCAACGGCUGUAAUUAAUGACCGAGGUUGCGCCGCCGCCGGCGGAUUCAGGAGAGACCGGCCAAUUCUCAAACUCAAAUGGCAAUGCGCCGUUACGAAACCUUUGCGGCUGAUGAAGAUAGACGCUCAAAUGGUGAAUCCAACCACCUACUCUUCACGAAUUUCCACUGACAUCCCUCUCUACGAAAUUCCCGGGGCUUCCUUUGAUGAGUAUUUGGAAGAUAAGCCCAGGGUUUUUAAGGCCAUCUUUCCAGAUCAGCGUAAGAGCGACCAAAUCAAUCAGGACGUGUGGAGGGUACGGAUGCUACCAAUAGAAUUCCUAUUUCUGACUGCGUCACCAGUAGUCGACAUGAGGCUAAGAUGUAAAUCUAGUGGGAUUGGAUACCCACACGGAAUCCCUCCCGAGAUUUCAAAGGUUCUUGAUCUUGAAAUCAUUAAGUGGGAGCUGCAGGGCCUAGAUGACAUUUUCAAGCCAUCGGAAUUCUCCCUAUGCGUGAAAGGGGCUCUCUAUCCCGACAGACGUGGAUCACGAAGCAGGUUGAAAGGCCAACUACAGAUGAGCAUAAGCUUCGUCCUACCUCCCGUGCUUUCAUUGGUUCCUGAAGACAGCCGAAGAGAUGUUGCUGAGUCGGUUUUGAAGAGUUUGGUGGGCAAUAUGAAAGAUAAAGUAAAUGGAAGCUUGACUGCAGACUAUAGUCAAUUCAAGAGAGAAAGACCAAAGGAUUUAGCAUGAUGGGUGAUGAUUUGGCGAAUUUUUGAUGGGAAUAAAUGCAAGUAAUAAACGAUCACAA